AUGAGGGAGAAGAUGUGGAUAUUUCACUGUCCCGACCAUUCAACGCGUCUCUUUCCUACUUGGAAUCAGUGGUGCUUUUAUUACGCUGCUGUGGUGUGUUUGUUGAUUUCGCCCGUCAGGACGGAUGAUGAGUGCCCGUCGUCCUGCGUCUGUGCCAGAGACUCGGGGACGGUGACCUGCCGUGAUGGAGAGGACACGGAGGUACCGGGAGACAUACCGGAGUGGACGUCCACCUUGAUACUCAAGGGGAGAAACAUCUCAACUUUACGGCGUGGUGCGUUCAUGACCAACGGCACGGAGUUGAAAAUGACGACACUCUCGCUGUCCUAUAACGAGAUACAGACUAUCGAGCCUUACGCCUUCCUGGGGCUCCCCGGAUUGCACUUGCUGGAUCUGAGCCACAAUCAAUUGGAGUCUAUCUCAGCCAGGGCUUUCCACGGAUUACCCGAGCUGCGCUCUCUGUACCUGAACGACUCUAUUUUGCCUCCGGCCACGGCACAGCUCUCGAAUGCGCUCAGCGCACAAAGUUUGCGCAACCUCCACAGACUGGAGUUGGCGGGAAACAGACUGAAGUCUAUACCCCUGGUGAGAUUAGAUAUCUACAACCUUCACGCGUUAGUGCUGGUAAAUAACUCCAUAGAGAGCAUCGGGUGGGUAAACGUGACCAAUCUGUACCAGGAAAGGCGCAUACGCGUCUACUUGUCUUUGAACCCGUUUCGGUGCAACUGUGAACUGGAGGCGUUUUACCACUGGUUGAAGAACUCAUCCCAGUGCCCGGAUGCGGGGCGUCUUCUGUGCAGCGAGCCGGAGGCCAAGAGGGGGAUUCCCGUGGAGAAGCUCCGAGGAGAGGACGUGGAUUGUAUGAACGAGAAUCUUGAGGCGGUUUCAUACGUCUUCCUCGGCAUAGUGUUGGCUCUGAUCGGGGUGGUGUUUCUGAUGGUACUCUACCUCAACCGGGGAGGCAUCAAACGGUGGCUCAACAACAUCAGAGAGGCGUGCCGAGACCACAUGGAGGUCUACCAUUACCGCUACGAGCAGGACUCAGACCCGAGGCUGGCCAACGUGGCUGUUUAA